AGCUUAAUGUCGGCGGAGAGGAGUGACGAGUAAAAAGCGAUCCUGAUUUGGGCAAAGUAAGGUUAAGUCGUGUCUUUCUUUAAUUAAAUAAUAAUCUCUUGAAUAUUUAUCUGUAGAACAUUUAUUCAAUUCAAUCAGGUUUUGUCAAUCAUGACGCUUACAAAUAAGAUGGAUAUAGAUGAGAAAAAUGCUAAAGGAGAGGGCUUUAAACCUUAUUAUAUUACGAAAAUUGAAGAAUUGCAGUUAAUUGUUGCUGAAAAGAGUCAAAAUUUAAGGAGACUGCAAGCACAGCGUAAUGAACUCAAUGCGAAAGUACGCAUGUUACGGGAAGAAUUACAGCUCCUACAGGAACAGGGUUCCUAUGUAGGAGAAGUAGUAAAACCUAUGGACAAGAAAAAAGUUCUGGUCAAAGUACAUCCAGAGGGCAAAUUUGUAGUAGACAUCGACAAGAAUAUCGACAUCAAUGAUGUGACUCCAAACUCGCGUGUUGCUUUGCGCAAUGAAAGCUAUACUCUACAUAAGAUAUUGCCAAAUAAAGUUGAUCCGCUUGUCUCCCUUAUGAUGGUAGAAAAAGUGCCAGAUUCUACAUACGAAAUGGUGGGAGGUUUAGAUAAACAAAUAAAAGAAAUAAAAGAGGUCAUAGAGCUACCGGUCAAGCAUCCAGAAUUGUUUGAUGCUCUAGGAAUUGCACAGCCUAAAGGCGUACUGCUGUAUGGACCACCGGGUACCGGCAAGACUCUACUUGCGAGAGCAGUCGCACAUCAUACGGAGUGCACUUUUAUUCGCGUAUCUGGAUCUGAAUUAGUACAGAAAUUUAUUGGUGAGGGAUCGCGUAUGGUUCGUGAACUCUUCGUCAUGGCGAGAGAACAUGCGCCGUCUAUAAUAUUCAUGGAUGAGAUCGAUUCUAUUGGAAGUUCACGAAUUGAGUCUGGAUCUGGUGGUGAUAGUGAAGUACAACGUACUAUGUUGGAAUUGCUUAAUCAACUGGAUGGUUUUGAAGCAACAAAGAACAUAAAGGUUAUUAUGGCUACAAAUAGAAUCGAUAUUUUGGAUCCAGCAUUGCUGCGACCCGGGCGUAUUGAUCGUAAGAUCGAAUUUCCACCUCCAAAUGAAGAGGCUAGAUUGGACAUCUUGAAGAUUCACUCUAGAAAAAUGAAUUUGACUCGUGGAAUAAAUCUAAGAAAGAUAGCCGAACUCAUGCCUGGUGCAUCAGGAGCAGAAGUCAAGGGUGUUUGUACGGAAGCUGGAAUGUACGCUCUUAGGGAACGUCGAGUUCACGUGACUCAAGAAGAUUUUGAGAUGGCUGUAGCGAAAGUAAUGCAGAAAGAUUCCGAAAAGAACAUGUCGAUUAAGAAGUUAUGGAAAUAAUCAGCUUUGCAAUUUGUGUCACAUUAAUAAUCUUCAAUCUACUAUUACUUUUAUGAGCGAUUGUAUUAACUAAAUAUAAAAGUAAUCUAUUUAAGAUGUGUAUAAACAUAGAAACUUUAUGUAUAAGAUUAGAAACAACACAAUAAGACUUUAUUACAGUAUCAAAACAAUAAAACUUUAUUAUAUGAAA